CAGAGAUCCAUUGUGUGACAUCAAUAGAACAAGUGUUUACACCCUUAAAAGAACACCAAGUCCAGACACUGAAGAUUUUCACUUUGAGGGAAAUGAGAAAGAGACGACAUGCACAUGAGCGAGAAUAGAGGAAGCUGGGAGUUUCAACCUGAGGAGACCCUAAUAGAGGAUUCUGGUGAGUUUCCAUCUUGCUUGGCCCAGGCGAACCUCAACGGGCAGAAAGAGGACCCCUCUGGAGGUUGUUCUGUGGAUGUCCCAGGUCCAUCUUAUCAGAAUGAAGAUAUAACGUCAGAGAGUUGGAGGCAACACAGGAAGCAUAUGUUUGUGCUGAGCGAGGCAGGUAAACCUAUCUACUCGCGUUAUGGCAACGAGGAGGCCUUGUCCUCCACCAUGGGUGUUAUGAUGGCGCUGGUCUCCUUCGUCCAGGCUGGAGGCAACACAAUUCAAUCUAUUUUUUCAGAUAAUCGCACAGUGGUAUUUUUGCAGAAGGGGCCGCUGGUGUUUGUAUCCGUUUCUGCCACUCGCCAGUCUGAGCAGCAGCUCCGCAGUGAGCUCCUCCAUGUUUAUCAUCAGAUAGUCAGCCUGCUCACGCAGGCCAGCAUAAUUCGUAUCUUUGAGCGCCGGAAGAACUAUGACCUACGGCGUCUGCUGUUUGGCUCAGAGAAGAUUCUGGACAGCCUUCUCGAUGUCAUGGAUUCUGAUCCCGGCUUCAUGCUCUCGGCGGUCCAGUGCCUGCCUCUGCCAUCCUCUUCCAGAGACGUUCUCAGUCAAAUCCUACAGAAAGCCGUCACCCCGAAUCUGGUCUUUUCCUUUCUCAUUGCCAAUAACCGACUUGUCUCCAUCGUUCAGGAGAAGACGGUCCUGGAGGAUGCUAGGCUAAAACCCAGUGACCUUCAUCUCCUCUUCAACCUCAUCAGAGCCUCUGCUUUUCAGGCUGGAGAGAUAUGGACGCCCAUCUGCCUGCCUCUGUUCAAUCAUGACUGCUACUUUUAUGCUUAUGUGGCAUAUCUAGACCCGCCCGCAUGUACUGUAUGCCUUGUUCUUCUGUCUACAGAUAAAGAAGCUUUUUAUGCCAUGGCAGAGUGCAAAAGGAAAAUUGAAGAAGCUUUCGCAUCCCAGAAUGCCUUGCAGUGUGUGGCAAACACUCAGAUGAGCUGUUUUGAUAAUAUUGGUGUAGCUAAUCUCAGGCACUUCCUGUACAAGCCCUCAAAUGUGCAAGAACACCAUCGCAAGCUUCCACAGUUCACAUGCCCAGAGAUGGAUGUGGCAUACAGAACCCAGGAUGAGAAGAUACAUUUGCUGGAUCUGUAUCGAAACAUGCACAAUCGUAUCCACAGUAUGUCACGGCCCCUUAAACUUAUCUACCAUUCUGCAGAAAGAGAAACUGUGCUGGCGUGGGUCACUAGCAAGUUUGAGAUGUACGCCUGCUUUACUCCUCUUAUCACUAAGAAAUCAGCUAUCAGUGAACUCACUAAACUGCUGCGUUGGAUCAAAAAGGAAGAGGACCGUCUCUUUAUCUGUAAUCUCUCAAAAUACUCCACUACCCCGCAGCCAGGCAGGAGUUCUACAGACAGGGGAGCCCUUCUGUCUCUCUUGUAG